UCCGACCCCCGACCCAGCCCCCAACCGGCCGCAGCCGUCCGCUCAGCAGCCACUCUGUGCCGCCGGAUCCCCCCGUGACUCGGCCCCGCCAUGGCGCAGUGCGUGCAGUCCGUCCAGGAGUUCGUCCAGGACUCGUUCGUGCCGAUGGUGGCCGUGCUGUGCAGCGACGAGGCGGAGAGGCUCACCCGCAAAAACAAACUCAACUUCGCCGAGCUGCUCAGGCCUUUCUGCCGGCUCACUUCCGAAGGUCACCUGCGGGACCCCAACAACCAGCUUCAGGUGGUGAAGAACCUUCGUAUCUGCGUCACCAAGUUGGUGCCGGGCGCCGCCCCGCAGUCGUCGGGGGCCGCCGGCCCGCCGCCCGCCGUCGCCCUCGGCCCCGGCCAACGCCGCCGGCUCAACCGCGUGGUGCUGUCGUGCCAGCCGCAGGAAGGCGCCGUCUCCACCGCCGUCGCCGCGGGAGACUACGACCUCACCUUCAACGCGACCACGCCCUGGUUUGAGGCUUACAGGGAGAGCUUCCUUCAGUCCAUGCCGGCCUCCGACCACGAGUUCCUCAACCACUACCUGGCCUGCCUGCUGGCGGUGUCGUCGAGCGAGGCGGUCCCAGUGGAACAGUUCGUCAAACUGUCGCAGGAGCAGCACCGCAUCCAGCACAGCGGAGACUACGCCACGCCCAAGUGGUUCAUCCCCAACACGCUCAAGUACUACGUGCUGCUGCACGACGUCAGCCGAGGCGACGAGCAACGGGCCGAGGCGGCGUACGAGGACAUGAAGCAGAGGUACGGCCCUCAGGGCUGCUAUCUGCUGAAGAUCAACUCCCGCACGCUCCCUGCCGAGCAGAACGAGCAGAUUCCGGACCCGUGGAGUCAGUACCUGCACAGGAACCACCCGCAGAUCAGCCAGGAUCGAGAUGAUGAUGAUGAUGAUGAUGAUGAUGAUGAUCAUCAUCCUGCCGUGAGCUCUUCCACAGAAGAAAACGGCGUCAUUGCAGCAGAGGAUCAUCGUUCAGCUGACACUGGUGCGGAAGGGGGCCGUCCGGACGCGGUCUCGGACCCGGCCGAGAAGGGCGCCGGAGAGGCGGAGGGUCCGACGGAGGCCCGGGGGGCGUGUCUGACCCUCACCGACCACGACCGCAUCCGGCAGUUCGUCCAGGAGUUCACCUUCAGAGGCCUGCUGCCUCACAUCGAGAAGAACAUCAGGCAGCUCAACGAGCAGCUGGUGUCCAGAAAAGGUUUGAGCCGUUCUCUGUUCACGGCCACCAAGAAGUGGUUCGGAGGCGGCAAAGCGCCCGAGAAGAGCGUCAGUGAGCCCAAGAGCACCGGCGGCCUCCUCUACUCCCCGGAAGCCCCGGAACUGCAGAUCAGGAAGAUGGCCGACUUGUGCUUCCUGGUGCAGCACUACGAGCUGGCCUACAGCUGCUACCACACGGCCAAGAAGGACUUCCUGUCGGACCAGGCCAUGCUGUACGCCGCCGGCGCCCUGGAAAUGGCCGCAGUGUCCGCUUUCCUCCAGGCGGGAGCCGCACGACCGUACCCCGCGCACUACAUGGACACGGCCAUCCAGACCUACAGAGACGUCUGCAGGAACACGGCGCUGGCCGAGCGCUGCGCUCUCCUCAGCGCCGAGAUACUCAAGAGUCAGGGCAAAUACUCGGAAGCCGCCACACUUCUCAUCAAAAUGACCAGCGAGGACUCGGACCUGCGCAGCGCUCUGCUGUUGGAGCAGGCGGCGCACUGCUUCAUGAACAUGCGCGCUCGCAUGCUGCGCAAGUUUGCCUUCCACAUGAUCCUGGCGGGCCACCGCUUCAGCAAAGCGGGCCAGAAGAGGCACGCGCUGCGCUGCUACUGCCAGGCCAUGCAGGUGUACAAGGGCAGGUCGUGGUCCCUGGCCGAGGACCACAUUAACUUCACCGUCGGCCGGCAGUCCUUCACGCUGGGCCAGCCCGAGAAGGCCGUGCAGGCCUUCAAGCAGAUCCUGACCAACGACAGUCGGCAGACGGCCACGCAGCAGGGCGCCUUCCUCAGGGAGUACCUCUACGUUUACAAGACGGUGAUCAGCCGGAGUGGCUUGAGUCUGCCUCACCUGCCGCUGCCGUUUAUCCACAGCGCCGCCACCAGGGUCUACUUCGGCCACGAGCGCCGCCUGGCCGAGGGUGAGAAGCAGGCCGCCACCCACGUGUCGCUGGACCAGGAGUACGACGCGGAGCAGGCGUCCGUGUGGCGCGAGCUGGAGGAGCAGCUGGUGGCCGCCGCCAACCGAGGGCCGGUCCCCGCUAACUUCCAGCCCAGCCAGUGCUACCUCAACCGCCAGACGGACAACCUGCGCCACCCGCUGGCCGUUGUGGAAGAGCCCAUGCUGGUGGAGGUGAUGUUCAGGAACCCUCUGAAGGUUCCUCUGGCUCUCUCCCGCCUCUCGCUGCUCUGGAAGUUGGCACGCGACGGCCACGACGCCGCCGAGGACGACGCGGAGGAGCUCGUCGGCAAGCGGGACGCUUUGGAGCGGGAGACGACGCAGAGCGACGAUCUGGUCACCACUGAGACCAUCCUGGACUUCCACUUGGCUCCAGAGGAAACCAAAAUGGCUCGGCUCAGGCUGCUGCCGCACAAAACGGGCUGCCUGAGUAUCACGGGCGUGGUCUACAACCUGGCCGCCGCAUCCUCGCCAGACACGCCCGACGACGACGGUAAUGUGAGCGCGCCUGACCGAGCUCGUGUCGUCCGCCGAUCGCCUGACGCUUGGCGCGCCCCUCCUCUCGCAGGGAUGCAGAAGGCCGAGACCGUGGUCGUCGACGGGAAACAGGACCUGAAGAUCCGAGGACCGAGACUCAAUCACACCAAAGAGGACAAAAUGUUUGUGCGCUAUGGACCCGACCGGCGCUUGGAGCCCAUCAUUACGUCGCCGAUGCCCCUCAUGGAGGUGUUUUUCCUCCAGUUCCCCACGGCCCUGCUGUGCGGCGAGAUCCGGAAGGCGUACGUGGAGUUCUGCAACGUGAGCGGCGUGUCCCUGUGCGGCCUGCGCGUGGCGUCCACUCACCCCGACUUCUUCACGUUCGGCAGUCCCUCGGCCAGCACGCCGGUCACGCCGCUCAGCCCCGCCUCGGCCGAGAACUGUUCGGCCUACAAAACCCUGGCCUCUGCGCCCGGGUCCGGAGCGGCCCGUGAGACGCUGGUGUCUGCGGACGACUUCGGGCCCGUGUCUAACGUGGUGGACGUCCCCGUUGGCGGCGCGCUGGAACCGGGACAGUCCACGCAGCUUCCCCUCUGGCUGCGAGGACCUGACCAGGAAGGAGUCCACGAGAUCAACUUCCUGUUCUACUACGAGAGCCCUGAGAAAGGAACCGAGAUCAGCCACCGCGUUGUUCGUCACUCCGUGUUCAUCUGCGCCAGUCGCUCUCUCAGCAUCCAGGCGUCGGCCUGCUUCAGCGCCGUACCCCCUCAGCGAGGACCUGACCGGGAUGGCGGCGCGCUGGUCUUCGUCGACGUGGAGAACAUUAACACGAGUGAAGCUGGCGUGCGCGAGUUCCACGUUGUCCAAGUGUCCAGCAGCAGUCAGCACUGGAGCCUCAACAAGUGCAUCAAUCCAGCCAAGGAGAAAGACUGUAAAGUGAGCAGCAGAGAACGAGCCAAGCUUUGCUUCAGAGCCACGCCGUGCGAACCUCCACAAGCUACCUCGGACGACAAAGAGAUGUUGACGUUCGCGGACGUCAACCUGGGCAAUGAGCGGAUCGUCAGUUCCGCCACACCGUGCGGCGACUUCUUCUUCCGAUGCCGCCGGACGUCCGAGUCGCGGCGAGGCAACGCGGGGUCGUCGGGGUCGAGGACGCCGUCCUGCUCCAGGAACCUGAGCGAGGACACGAGGAAAGACCCGCUCCACAUGGGCAACAGGUGCAACCAGCUGGACCUCAACAUCAUCGUCAUCUGGAAGGCGUAUGUGGUGGAGGACAACAAGCAGCUGAUCCUGGAGGGUCAACUCCACGUGGCGCUGCAGGCCGUCGGCAAAGAAGCAACUUCCCUGACCCCCAAACAGGAAGCUCAGGAGAUGGUUCUGCUCAAGUUCAAGUCGGAUCCGCCUCCUCCCGCCGCGCCGCCGUCCGCGCAACUGUCGCGACUCGUCAAGAGCAACCUGCACUACUCGGAGACGUACGCACACGACUUCGCGCACAACAGCGUUUGUGUGGUUCCAGUUUGUUUAGUUUUGUCCAACUGCUUCUGGACUGACGUGGACGUCACCGUUGACCUCAGACACAAAACCGGCAGUUCCGAGUCGGGCGAAUGCGCGUGUUGCUUCGCUUGGGUCGGCCAGAGUCGCUACACGCUCGCCCUUUGCCCUCGGGAGACGCGUCGUCUUCAGCUGCGAGCCUGCUUCCUCGCGCCCGGCGUCUACAACAUCAACACGCACGCCGUAAGCGCCGCCCCCGCCCGACGCGAGCGCGACGACGACGCGGCCCGGGCGGAGGUCGCGCAGCACGGCGCCGGACCGGCGCUCGUCGUCAUCACCGACAGCAACCAAUGACGAGACGACAACGCGCCACAGAAAGGAAGAAGAUCGGAAGGGGAAGGAAAAGAGGAGGCCAUGACUUCCCGGAUGCUCGUCAGGAACUUCUUUGCUUUCGAGCAACGACAAACUGCAGUGUGCGCGCGGGUGCGCGUGGUGUGUGUGUGAGUCGGCAAUUGUCUGAGUGUGCGUGUGCGUGUGUAUGUGAGGCGCCUUUUAGAGGGCAGCACGGACGUCCCCUUUCUGUUCGCGUCUCCGAAGUUGUAAAGUGAAGAAAAACAUUCUGCCGCUUUUUUUGACCGAGAAAACGAAACUGCGGCACGUCUUAAGUGUUUGAAACUCCCAACCGGGGCCCGACCCUCGACCCCCGCGGGACCCCCGCAGUCGUACGACCGGCGCUCGUGUCCGAGCGCGCCGAACUCGCGAAGAAGGAGAAAGCGCUGACGGGAGCAGGUGAUCGGAGUUUUGUUUUUAAAGUUCCCGACGGCAGCGGCGUGCCGCCGCCUCCCGUGUUUUUGGUGUACUAUAUUUAUAACACAUAUCAUGUACAUAGGAAAUAAACAACUAAUUCUCCACUGAAA